AUGGCUCCCGCUGCUACCUCUUCCCGCUCCCACGCUGCGCAGGACCCGCGCGAGCAGCAGCUCGACGUGUCGGGCCAGAACCGCGUCGCCAUCUUUGACAAGCAGGGCGGCCCGGUCUCGAUCAAGGACGUGCCCGUGCAGAAGCAGCUCAAGCGCGGCGAGGCGCUCGUGCGCGUCAUCUACACGGGCGUCUGCCACACGGACCUGCACGCCAUGCUCGGCGACUGGCCGCUCGACAACAAGCUGCCUCUCGUCGGUGGCCACGAGGGUGCGGGUGUGGUCGUGGCGCUCGGCGAGGGGGCCGACCAGUUUGUCAAGGUCGGCGACCGUGUGGGCAUCAAGUGGAUCGCCACCUCGUGCCUCAACUGCUCGUUCUGCCGCACCGGUGCCGAGCCCAACUGCCCGCACGCCCAGUGCUCGGGAUUCAGCGUGGACGGCUCGUUCCAAAAGUACGCCGUGUCGUACGCCAACCACCUCUCCAUCAUCCCGGACGCGCUGCCGCUCGACCAGGCCGCGCCCAUCCUCUGCGCAGGCGUCACGGUGUACAAGGCGCUCAAGGAAGCCCAGCUCAUCCCGGGCCAGUACGUGGCGAUUCCCGGUGCCGGCGGAGGACUCGGCCAUCUCGCCAUCCAGUACGCCGUCGCCGCCGGCUACCGCGUGAUCGCCAUCGACACCGGCGCCGACAAGAAGCAGCUGUGCGAGUCGCUCGGUGCCGAAAAGUUCAUCGACUUCAAGACGUCCAAGAGCCUCGUCGACGACAUCAAGGCCGCCACGCCCGACGGCUUUGGACCGCAGGCGGCGGUGGUGGCGGCCUCGGGCGCAGCGGCGUACGAGCAGGCGCUCGACUACAUCCGCCCGCGCGGCGUGCUCGUCGCCGUCGGUCUGCCCGGCAACACGGACAUCCGCGCCAACGUCUUCUUCACCGUCUUCCGCUCGGUGCGCGUGGUGGGCUCGUACGUGGGCAACCGCCAGGACGCACAGGAGGCGCUCGAGAUCGCCGCGAGCGGCAAGGUGCGCACCCACUUCAAGACGCUCGGCCUCAGCCAGCUGCCCCAGGUGUACGACGACAUGCAGAGCGGCAAGAUCGCCGGCCGCAUCGUGCUCGACAUUGACCAGUAG